CCGCGGCUCGCACCCUGCGUUUUACCAAGGGAAGUCUUGCGCCUCAGAUUGGCUUGUGGGCCCCCCGUUUAACACAGCAGCUGGUCUCGCCUGAUACGCCCACAACAUGCAUUGCGAAAUCGCGCUCCAGCGCGAGGAGGAGGAGGAGGAAGAGGAGGAGGAGGAGGAGGAAAAGGAGGAGGAGGAGGAGGAGGAGGGAGCGAACAAAGCCACCGGGGGCACCGCUCCGAUCUCCGCCGCGCCGCGGCCGCACCCCGCCCGCGAGCUCAGGCCAGGCGCCAACCUGACGGCGCGACGUGCGGCGGCAGCGGCAUCGUUCUGUUUCUGGCCGGCGAGCGGCGGGGGGCCGUGCCUCGCGUGGUGGUGGUGCACCCGGGUCGCCACCCCCGGGGUGGCCGGGCCUCGGGCGCCGCCCUCAGCUGCCCAGGCGGUGCCCCUGGCCGCCGAAGAGCUGCAGGCCCUCGCCCGCGCGCCCGGGCGGGCCCCUCCGCCGCCUGGGCGCUCGCGGCGCCCCCGG